GUCGCGAGGCGCGAGGCUGCCGAGAGGCAACCCAACCCCGCCUCCAUCUUCCUCCUCAUCCGGCCGCCGCGAUGAAGAUCUGGACCUCUGAGCACACCUUCGACCACCCUUGGGAGACAGUUACAACAGCUGCUAUGCAGAAAUAUCCAAAUCCCAUGAAUCCCAGUGUGGUUGGAGUAGACGUUCUGGACCGGCAUGUAGAUCCCAAUGGAAAGUUACAUAGCCACAGGUUGCUCAGUACCGAAUGGGGGAUGCCAUCAAUUGUAAAAUCACUUAUUGGUGCUUGUAGAACAAGGACAUAUGUACAAGAACACUCCAUAGUUGACCCAGUAGAGAAAGUACUGGAGCUCAAUUCUACUAAUAUUUCGUUUACAAAUCUGGUGUCAGUAGAUGAGAGAUUAAUCUAUAAACCGCAUCCUGAAAAGCCAGAAAAAACCAUUUUGACCCAAGAAGCAACGAUUUGUGUGAAAGGGGUUAGUGUCAGCAGUUACCUGGAAGGACUAAUGGAGAACACAAUCUCUUCUAAUGCUAAAAAAGGACGUGAAGCACUAGAAUGGGUGAUCAACAAACUGAAUGCCGAAAUAGAGGAAUUCACUUCUUCAGCAAGAGGAAACAUGAGGUCUUCUAUGGCAGCCGCAGCCUUUAUGGAGAAAUAAAAUAUAGCUAUAUUUGUCUAUAUCAGGCCUGAACAUAUGAAGCAAGCAGUUGUAAACUUCCUUCAAGCUGGAAAUAUUUAUUCUUCUAUCUGUUGAAAAGAAAGAGGACCUGUAGAUUAGAUUUUUAAAUUAAAAACCUGGAGAAGAAGUUGCAUACGUUCAUACAUGAAGGUAAUAUGUAGGACUCAGUUCCAUUCAACUGUGUUACUUUCAGCUGAAAUAAUCUGAACUUUCAAUUCCUGCAAACACAGGAAGUAUCUUAAAGUUACAACCUAUAAUAGGCCUCCAAUAGAACAAACUGGAAGGUUAAUCUAUUGUUAACCCCAUCUUUGAUAGAAUUCAGGUUUUCCUGGACUCUUUUACUUUUGGGACCCAAAUUAAGAUGAAUUAUCCUGGGUACAGUAGCUUGGGUAGUUUGUGUUGGCAGAACAUUGGUUAUUACUUGAAAUAUGAUUGUUUAUAUUAAAAUGCUGCUUUGUAUGCUGCUGUCAUGAGUGUUACAGUUUGCUAACAUGAAAAGUGUGGUACAUAGCAUUUGUUCCCUUACCUUAAAGCUUUGCUCUAUUAAGAAAUGCUUCAUAAUUUUGAAGGAUUAACCAGCUAAAGAUUUGUACGAGGCGAAUUAUGAGUUUGGCAGAAGCUGCAUGAUAUAUAACUAACGGGGGAAAUUAGUUCUGAAAUCCACUAUUUAAUUUUGUAGAUUGACUUCAAAAAGGUACUGUAACAGUUGCAAAAUGUAAUUUUGUUAUAUGCUCAUUCUUUGGUUUUGCAGUUUCAAGAAACUGGAAGUAAUAUAAGUAUGUAAACUCUGAGGCAGAACUAUUUGUUCCAUUUCAAAUGUACUGUAACAUUGUUAAAUGAAUUGCAUAAUGAUUUAUAUGCCUGCUCAGCAGGACAUCAUGGACUAUUAACAUUUCUUAAAUAAUAAUUUGUGCUUCUGUCUCCAAUAAGGAACAAAAUGUGACAGGUUGCUUAAUCUUGUCAUUUAGUAUUUAAUUCCAUAGCUAAAAUAAUGGUGAGAUUGGAAUAUUCUUCCUGUUCUUCACAGGGGAAUAUUUCUAGAUGUGAAAGUUGAGAAUGAAAUACAAAACCCAAACAGAAGACACUUUAACAUGGAUAUUGUGUGAAAUAAAAAUAGCAGUGGAAACAAAGUAAUGCUGUUGUAGAAGAGGGCCCAUUAAAAUUUCUGUAUAAGGUACCUUUCAUAUGAAGGACUGAAGAGGUGGAACCCUAUAUCUCCCUGAAGAUACUACACUAAGUAGUAAUUGGCAGAACUAAUGGGUUGCAUGUUUAUUUUGCAAUCUCUAAUUCUGUAGAUCUUCUCAUUUAUAUAUGGAGAACAGUUACAGAAGUCUGCUUGUGCAUGCAAUUUUCUAUGCCGUAUAAGCAUAUGUCAGUAAUACAGAACUAGCACUAGUUUUGAGUGCUUAUUUAGAUAGAAAUGUAUCCUUGAAUCUUUGAAUGGGGGAAAGCGGAAGGAAGAAAACCUGUGAAUAUGCCUAAGGUUACAAAUGUUUACUUGCAUAUUUAAAUUUUAAAUAUUUUUGUACUUUUUUCUUUAUUGCAUUUGUAAAAGCAUCAGUUUUUUUAUAUAUUUGAGAAUGUUCUUAACUUAAUUAAAAUGUUGUCAAUGUUUGAUAUUCAAAA